AUCUGUCUUCAUUCAUCAUGUCUUCAUCCGCUCAUGAAUCCAUGUGAUUGGACUGUAUUGUAGAUUAGCAUUCAAGAAUGAGUAUUUUAACAUUAAUUGUGUUGGUUUAAAAUCACUGCAAUAUGUAACUAUGAGCAACGUGGGUCAGAUGCAUCUCGUGCUAAGCUAGUGUUUAAAGACACAGUGACGCUGUAUUUAUAGAAACAGCACGAGGCGAUAUUUAUAGAAGUCUAUCUGUGUCAAAUAGGGACCCGGGAGUCACCUGUUUGUUUUUUGAAACAGAAUAUUAAUCCAUUAGAUUCUACCGUGGCCUUUCCAUUGAAUACUAAAUAAGCCGGGGAAGGACAAAUAAAGUUUUUUCCGAUUCUGAUUCUGAAAUAUUUUUUUACAAUAACUCGUCAAGGGCUAUAAGUCAAAAUUCUGGCUGAAUUUAUGAUGCAAACUAAUGUCUGUCACAAUAAUGUUGUAGUGUUGCUUCUUAUGUAAUAUAUUUUAAUCCAAAUGUGCAUUAUCCAUUGAUUUUAAUGGAUAAUUUGGAAAAAAUAGGCAGGUUUCACGUGAUACACAGGCUCUGAUUCCAGUGAUACUUUCCUAAAGAGAUUCACUGGGUCAGCCAGAAUAUCACGUAACACCUCCCUGAAAUAGCCCCGUCUGCGCAAACAACCUACAUAAGUGUUUUUACAACAGAAACAACACAAGCAAAACCAAAAAACCCAACAGCCAUGGCUUACGUAGCGCCGAAAAUAAAGUGGCACAAGCCAAAGAACUACCGCGAAGACGUGAUCGCCACGGCCAAGGCCACGGGCUGCGUUCUGCAGUUCUGGAAUUCGCUGCUCGUCGGCGACGAGCUCACGCUUCUCAGCAUUGUGGACGACGACGAGUACAGCUCCAUCAUUGACGCCGUUUUCGACACCAGCAACAUAGAGGAGUGGAAGAAUUUCAGGUUCAACUACAGAGGCUUGAGACUAUGGUCGCUGACUUACGAGCAGGAGCUGACGACGCCACUCCACAUCACAGCUGGUCGAGGAUUCGUGGACUGCCUGAGACUCCUGCUGCAGCGGGGGGCCAAUGUAGAGCUGGCACCUGCCGGCAACACUGCCCUGCACGAGUCCUGUGAAAACUGCCAGUCGGAGUGUACCAAACUGCUGCUGAUCCAUGGCGCCAACGCCAAUGCCGUAUCAGAAGACGGCCUCAUGCCUUUGCACCUUUGUACAAGCCCUGAAUCCCUUGAAUGCGCCAAGUAUCUCCUCCAGUACGGCGCCACGAUCAACGGCCGCACUGUAGACGAGGACGACACCCCCUUAAUUGUGGCGGCCAGGAACGGUCUGCCGGACCACACCGAGCUCUACCUGCGCUACGGUGCCGCCGUGGACAAACAGAACAGCGAGGGUCUCACGCCGCUGAACGCCGCUUGCUCGCACCCGCAGGAGGCGCGGGACCUGGGGCGCUACUUCAAGGUGUGCCAGAUGCUGCUGGGCGCGGGGGCCGACGUCCACGCCACGGACCAGGACAGACACUCUCCCUUGCACAUGGCCUGCAAGAAUGUGAAUCCAGACGUGGUGGAUCUGCUGCUGGCCAACGGUGCCUGCGUUAACAACAUGGACUAUGGCGGCGAAGCUCCCAUGCACAACAUCCUGAAGGUGGUGUGCUACAAGGUUCCCCACCAUCCCGAGAGGAUUGUCCGCUCUUUGCUCAACUACGGCUCUAUCCGGGUGUGGCCUGGUGCUCUCCCCAUGGUUCUGAAGCACUGCUCUGCGUCUCCACGCUCCAUUGAGGUCCUCCUGAAUGCCUACAGUCACCUCAAAGUCACAGACACGUGGGUGGAGUCCGUGCCUGCGGAGGUGUUCAAGGAGCACAAAGUGUUCUACGAGUCGAUCUUCGCCUUGGCAAUGACUCCUCGCUCCCUGCAGCACUUGGCACGCUGCAAGGUCAGGAUCUUCCUGGCGGGCCGAAUACACAAGGUGGUCCCUAAGCUUGACCUGCCAACCUUCAUCAAGAACUACUUGCUGCUGGAGUACAGAGGAUACAUCCACUGAAAACACUUUGUGCAGUCCUAAUUAGUGUAAAUCCAGCUGAGGAUGCAAGCGCUGCUAGAUGUUAAGGAGCAGUAGUUCACAAUAUAAUAAUAAGUAACAAAUAGUGACUUAUUUCCAGGUACACACAAGCUUUAGAUUGUUUUCUUUUAUUCCAAAUCAACGUUUCUGCGCAUUCACAUGUUUCAGUUUGCACCACAAGAGGGAGCUAUAGACCAGAGUUGAUCAAAUAUAUAUUAGGUAUGCAGCUGUAUGUUUUAUAUGUUUAUUUAUUUUUGUCACUUUUUUUAUGCACUUGAUGUUAAAGAGGCUAACUUGUAAUUUUAUACAUGAUGAUUGUCGUAGUUUGAUGUUCAUGGCACAGUAAUUAAUCAGGGUACGCGCUGUACAUCGAGGAUUGCCAUCAAAUAUUUGCGUAACUGCUUAUUCCCACCGAGAUGAUUGAUUUGUAUCAAAGCUAGAGCUUGAUAUGAAAUAAAAUGUUCCACAAAGAC